AUGGUUCAAGURGAUCAAAACAGCACACAGGUGCAAGUGUCUGAGUUUUUUAUUGUGGGCUUUCCAAGUCUCCAGCAGGAGUAUUUUCAUCUAGUGGCAUGGUUCUUCUUCAUCCUUUAUGUGAUCACAGUGGUGGGCAACAUGGUCCUGGUUGUAGUUUUUGCUCUGGAGCCCAACCUUCAGAAGCCAAUGUAUAUCAACAUGGUGAGCCUGGCUCUCUCAGACAUUGGUAAAUGUUUUACCACAGUUGCUUUACCAAAACUCAUUGUGCGUUACUGGUGGAAUGAUGGGACUAUUGGUUUUUACACAUGUCACUUUCAAAAGCACAUGAUCCAUUAUUUUGGAAGUUUAAACUCUUUGAUUUUGCUGACCAUGGCUGUGGACCGAUACCUGGCCAUCUGCUUUCCUCUCAGAUACCCCAUGUUGAUGACAAUCCCAACCAUGAUGGUCCUGACRGUUCUCUGCUGGGUCACGGCUCACAUCUUUCCWGGCAUCAACACCAUCAACCUGAUUCAGAUGCCAUUUUGUGGUCCCAAUCAAAUUCUACAGGCCUUCUGUGACAAUGGGACUUUACUUGCUUUAAACCAAAGAGAUCCAGGAAAUAUUCAGGUGCUGGAUCCAGAAAUAUAA